AUGGCGAACAUGGCAUGGUCAAGAGCAUCGUUUGGCUCAGUCGCCCGCGGGCGCCGCCUGGCAUGCCUGGGGCCGAGGAUGCUUGGCCGCAUCAUUGGCAUCAGGGUGUUGGUGGCAGCGACCUGGGUGGUCAGCAAGCGCUGUUAUCUUGGAUGGAACCUUCUCUUCUUGCUUGUAAUGACCCCCUUAUUGAUUCCCCCCUUUUGUAUCUGCACGUUUUGGCGGUUGGAGUUGUCUCCUUGGUAUUCCAUCGAUUUCUUUGGAUUGGUUCAGCGGCAUCAUUGGGACGAUGGAAAGGCGAACUUUGCUUAUGUUUAG